GAAAGUAAUUAGCAUUAUUAAUGAUGCCCACUCCCAGAUGCCACUCUUUACCCACGCCAAAUGGUCAUUCGGUUGGAAUUAGUUAUGCCGAGUGGCUAUUUACCGGGGUUUAGAAUUUAAUUGCUAGUUUUGUAUCCAAUUCCCUUCUAUUUUUCCGGUGAAACUUUAUUAUUGGGCCAUUGUUGCCUUUGCCAACUUCUUUGGUUCUAAUACAGCCGACCCGCCACCAUAUCUGCUCGGCUUCUUCUUCCUCUCUCUCAGUCAUUCAUUGAUGUAUAUUUCUGUAUAUAAUUGUGUUAAAUUCAGUGAAAGCUGACACCAAAAGUUCUCUCCCUGAAGCUGUUUGAUAAAAUUCCUAUAAGGAUUCUCGAUUUCAAAUUCGCUCUACAAUGUAAUCACCCUUAACCCUUCAUUCGAAUGGCGUGUAGUUGCAUUCCCUAUUCUCCAUUUUUGCCUUCAUUUCCCCAACAAGACAAAACUCAUUAUUAUCGGAAAAAUACAACUUCGUUAAUGAUUUCCUGCAAUUCUGAAAGCCCCAAAACAGAAGAAGAGAAGAAAACAAGGACAAAUCAACUAGGUUUACUUAAUCUUUCUGUUACACUCACUGUAAUAUCAGCUUCACUUGUUCGACCUGCAAAUGCAGCAAAAGUAUCUGAAAAGAGGCAGCGUUCGACGAAAAAAUCUGAAGUUUUAACACCACAAGAGUUGAAAAAAUGGUCAGAAGGUCUUCCGACUGUGAGUAAUAGGUUACCUUAUACAGAAAUAUUGGAUUUGAAAAAGGAAGGGAAACUUAAGCAUAUAAUUAAACCACCUAAUGUUGGUUUAAAGCAAAGGCCCGAGGUAGUUUUAGCUGUUUUAGAGGAUUCUAAGGUUGUUAGAAUUGUUUUACCUUCUGUCGAAAGUGAUCCAAGAUUUUGGGCUGAAUGGGAUGAGUUAAAACUUGAUGGACUUUGUAUGAAUGCAUAUACUCCACCAUUGAAGAAACCUGAGCUUCCGUGGCCUUAUUUAGGGUUCUUGUCAAAGAUUCCAGUUUGGUUGUUUUCUUUUGUGAAGGCUAAGCCACAGUCGAAAAGGGCGUUGGAGUUGAAGAGGGCGAGAGAAGAAUUGAAGAGAAGGCGAAAACAGGAGUUGGCGAAGAUAAGGAGUGAGAGGGAGAGGAUGGAGAACGCAAUAAAAUUGCAGAAGAAAAUGGAAGAGAGUAAAAGGAAAAGAGAGUUGAAGAAAAUGAGGUAUGAGGAGUCGUUGCGUCAAGCGAGUAGUAGUUCUCAGGAUAUGGCAAGAAUGUGGGAAAACUUAGCUAGUGAUUCAAAUGUUUCCACUGCUCUUGGUUUGGUUUUCUUCUAUAUAUUUUAUAGAACUGUUGUAUUUAGCUAUAGGAGGCAGAAAAAGGAUUAUGAGGAUAGGUUGAAGAUAGAGAAAGCAGAUGCUGAGGAGAAAAAGAAGAUGAGGGAAUUGGAGAGGGAAAUGGAAGGGCUUGAGGGUGUUGAUGAUGACGACGAAGAAGGAAGGAAAGGAGAGGAAAAUCCUUAUAUGAAGAUGGCUAUGCAAUUUAUGAAGUCCGGUGCUCGUGUUCGAAGAGCACGCAAUAAGAAACUCCCCCAGUAUUUAGAGAGAGGUGUUGAUGUUAAGUUCUCUGAUGUUGCUGGGCUUGGAAAAAUUAGGGAGGAGCUUGAGGAAAUUGUUAAGUUCUUCACCCACGGGGAGAUGUAUCGCAGGCGAGGAGUCAAAAUACCAGGGGGCAUAUUGCUUUGUGGUCCACCCGGAGUGGGGAAGACUUUGUUAGCAAAGGCAGUGGCUGGUGAGGCAGGGGUGAACUUCUUCUCCAUUUCUGCGUCUCAGUUUGUUGAGAUAUAUGUUGGUGUUGGGGCUUCCCGUGUUCGAGCUCUCUACCAAGAAGCAAGAGACAAUGCGCCAUCAGUGGUGUUCAUUGAUGAGCUGGAUGCAGUUGGCAGAGAACGUGGUUUGAUCAAGGGGUCAGGUGGACAAGAACGUGAUGCAACUUUGAAUCAGCUUCUUGUAUGCUUGGAUGGUUUUGAAGGCAAAGGUGAAGUCAUCACUAUUGCUUCUACAAAUAGACCAGACAUAUUGGACCCAGCACUUGUUCGACCAGGGCGAUUUGAUCGAAAGAUUUACAUCCCAAAACCUGGUCUUAUUGGACGAAUUGAAAUUCUUAAGGUGCAUGCUCGUAAGAAGCCUAUGGCUCCUGAUGUGGACUAUAUGGCUGUUGCCAGUAUGACUGAUGGAAUGGUUGGUGCAGAGUUGGCCAACAUUGUUGAGGUUGCUGCUAUUAAUAUGAUGCGUGAUACAAGAACUGAGAUUACAACUGAUGAUUUGUUACAAGCUGCACAAAUUGAAGAACGAGGAAUGCUUGACCGGAAGGAGAGAAGCCCUGAGAUAUGGAAGCAAGUGGCCAUUAAUGAAGCAGCAAUGGCUGUGGUGGCAGUGAACUUCCCAGAUCUUAGAAAUAUUGAGUUUCUCACUAUUGCUCCAAGGGCUGGGAGAGAGUUGGGUUAUGUGCGGAUGAAAAUGGAUCAUGUCAAAUUUAAGGAAGGAAUGCUGAGCCGACAGUCACUCUUGGAUCACAUAACUGUUCAGCUAGCACCACGUGCUGCUGAUGAGCUGUGGUAUGGAGAGCACCAGUUCAGUACAAUAUGGGCUGAGACAGCAGAUAAUGCGAGGUCGGCAGCUCGGAGUUUUGUUCUUGGUGGUCUAUCUGAUAAACAUUAUGGUUUGUCUGAUUUCUGGGUUGCAGAUAGGAUAAAUGACAUUGACUCCGAGGCACUUCGCAUCUUACAUUUGUGCUAUGAUCGUGCAAAAGAGAUCCUUCAUCAAAACCGGAACCUUAUGGAUGCAGUCGUUGAUAUACUGGUUGAGAGAAAAAGCCUUACCAAGGAGAGAUUCUUUAAAUUAGUUGAGCUACAUGGGUCCCUUCAACCAAUGCCUCCCAGUGUAGUUGAUCUCAGGUCGGCCAAACGCUUGGAGUUCCAGGAUACACUCAAAAACCAGAAGGAAAUUGUUUCUCAAGGACACAAUUGAGCAAGGUAUUUGGGAUAAUGAUCUCAUCUUUGGUGUAACCAUGAGCUUAUGCUCUCCUCCUUCAGUGUUUGGUGCGUUUUGGCUGCUGGGGCUAGAGUCUACUUUGCAGGGUACGACUUCCUUCGAUCUAAUUUUGUCUUGAAGAUCCUAUUGAAGUGGUGCAGUUGUGAAAGUAGAGAGAGUGCAAGAGCUCUCUAAAUGGAUUUGGAAGCUUUCAAGCCCAAAUAAUUAUCUGGAAGUCGAAACUAUGAAGCUAUAAAUGCAGUGAACUCCUUUUUGUUUUCAUUUUUUGCAUUGGGGGUUUGGUCAUUUAGCUGGUUUUCCAUGUUCCAUUUUGAUACAGCAGAUUGUACAACAGAAAGGAUUUGUAUCAGAAUAAUAGGUCAAAACAAAGUUAAGGGCAUGAAUUGUUGUUAGGAAGUUCUUUGGGAUAAGUUUUGGCUCUAAGACAAAAAUUAUAGAACAACUUAUAAAUCAAUACACAAUAUGGUAGUGUUAA